GCUCUCGUCGCAGCUUUUCUUAUUUGGGGUUCCAUUCACCGUUCUCGCUUUCUCUCUUCACACCACUGGAAGCAAGGCGCGAUCCCGUCACUGGACGGCGAGAUUCUUCGGCGGGGACGGAUUAGUACCCACUUCGGUCCCGCCCCCAUUGCCGCUCCACCGAUCGCCAAUCUCCAUCUCCCUCUCUUUGCGUGAACACUAAGCGAGAACCGAAUCGCCUGACCCCCGAAGCCUGUCGAAGAGGGGGGAGCGACGAUGUCAUGAGGGCGGCGACGGCGGAAGCGGAGGAGGCGAAGGUGGAGGGAUGGCCAGGGCCGCGGUGGAGUGGGGGAGGGGCGGCAGCAAACGCUUUUGCUCCUUCAAGCGGAUUACCGUCAUGGUUUGCUGCGUCAACAUCGUCGCGGCGCUCCUCGUGCUUCGAUCGUUCUACAGCUCUUUUUUCUUUGCUUCUUCCUCUAGGGUCAUCAGUGAUCCGUUCUCUGUGGAUCAGACCAAGAGAAUAGAAGAGUCGAUUCAGAUUCGAAGAGAAGCGGAGCCUGUGGAGCUCGUUAAAGCGGUGAGAAAACUGACGAAGGAGUUCUCCAGAGAAGCGAAGAGGGGAUUGAAGUUGCCACGAUCGCUGAAGCAAAAGCUGGUCUAUGAGAUUCUGCAUAGCUUGCAAAGUGUUAAUAAUACCAACGUGACAGAACAACGAGAUGCAGCAGAAUUAUGGCGUGUUGAGAAACUUGAAGAGGUUAAACGGGCAACACGUACAAAAUCAAAUUCAAGUAUCCCUUAUCAAGAAGCAAAGAUGUUGAAACGAGCAUUGGAGUCUAAAUGGCCAAUAUUAAUGGAAGAGAUUGGACUCUGGACGCCAGCUGAUGUUAUCAACAGUGAACACAAUGAUAAACCUGAAAAUGAGCAGGAUCCUGAAGAGAUUAUCCCUGGUCGACCACUGCCUCCAGAAUGCCAUGCUGAGCUUCAUACUGAUUACGAUGGGACUGCUGUUAGAUGGGGUCUUACCCACCAUAAAGAAAGUGCUGCUGAUUGUUGUCAGGCUUGCUUAGACCAGGCCAAUCGUGCAAAGCCAGGGCAAAUGAAGUGCAACAUAUGGGUUUACUGUCCAUCAGAGUAUGGGUGCUAUUCACCUGAUAUAUACGAACACAAACAUCAAGAGUGCUGGCUAAAGCAGGCUGUAGAACCUCGGGUGAACUUUAAAGACAAGUAUUCAGAGUCAUACAGGACCGAUCAUUCCAAUGCCCCUGUGGUUGUGCCAUGGAUUUCAGGUGUUGUGGGUGCAUAAACAUUACGGUUCUCCUAAAUGCUGCAGCAGAACUUCCAGAAAAGGGUUCAGAGCCACAUCACAUGAUAAACAGACUGCCUGCCUCCAUCCAUUUACAACGGCAUUAAAAUUAUCUGGCUGUUGUUUCAUCCUGUUGCCGGCAAUUUUUCAAUAUGACAGUAAGGUUUUCUUUCAUGCAUUCUUUAUGCCCUUGUAAAUUGUCAGAGGCAUCAAAUUCCUUUCCAAGUUUAGGUUGCAAAACAUUUGGAUUCACUGUUGCAGUCAUACAUCGGUUGAUUAACAUUAGAAAUUGGCAUGUGAUGAUGACAAGUUUAAAUGCUUAGACGUAUCCUUUGCUCAUUAUUUGUA